AUCUCUGCACUUACCUCCGCGUCGCCCCCCAUGUUACCAAUCCAAAACCAGAACCCAAGAAAAGGACAUAACGCCGCGCCGUAUACAGCUACUGCCAUCUCUGUUUCGGCAUGUACCUCAGUUUCGGAGUCUGAACUGAACCGUACAGAUGGCAUGCUGGUCGUUGUGCGCUGCAGAAAAACAAGUCAACAACUCGUCAACUUCACCAAAAAACAAGAUGAAUACUUUGUUAAGCAUGUGUUGUAGUGAGCCGAGAUGUCUCUCAGUCUGAGCCAAUGGGCUUUAGAACGGAAAGGUAGUUUGCAAGGAGAGCGAACAGCGAGAGGACUUCACCGAAGGAUUCGUCUGCUGUCACGGCCUCACAAGUGUGUUUGAGCGAAGGAAUGGCGUUUCCAGCUGAGUUAUUCUCGCUGCUGGAGUCUGCUGACAGUCAUGAUGGGGAUGAUAUCAAGCUGCUGGUCAACGACUACCUUGCCAGCAGUAAGGACACGGGCCUGCUUGGAGCCCUUGUCGAUUGCUUCUUGCAGACACGGUCACAACACUGUUUAGAGAUACUUGUGGGACUACGAGAGCCGUACGGCAAGCUGCUAUUCGACAAACUGGCGGACACGCUGAAGGGCAGGAGUCGCCUUCAGACACUCAAGCUAAUUACUCACAUAGUCCACAAGCAGCCACCGUGGCUCCACCACAUUACAAACCACAAAAUUUUAAAUCAUGUACUAUUAAUAAUUAAGGGUGAUCAAGAGGUAACGCACGUCUUGCUUGCCAAUGUGAUCAUCAUCAGCCUGAUGCCAAUGCUUCCAGUCCAGUAUGGCUCGUCAGCACUGCCAGACACCUUUGAGGCAUUUUCCUCGCUGGCUGCACUCGCCACAAGAAAACCUAGUCAUAUAUGUGAAACACACAUGGCUCAUCUGAACCUAGGACUUCAGGCUCUCUUUGAAAAGUUGUAUGGGAUGUACCCUUGCAAUUUCCUUGCCUAUCUGAGAGGCUUCUAUGGAAGUCAGGACCAUAGUAGGGAUAACUUUGUUGUUUACACCAAGACAAUCAGGCCAUUGCUACAGAGGACACGUCUUCAUCCACUCCUAGUCACAGCGUCCAAGGAGGCCGAGCUUGGACCGUCCAGGUGGAAGAAAAUGAGGACGUAUGACAUCUUAGCAGAAUGUGCAAAGCACACGCUUGAUACUCCAGAAACCGUUUCUGACUCUGAUCUAGUGCCUUCACGUGCAACAUCUUACGAGGCCAGAAACAGUCCCGGGCCCCUGCCGGCGAUUUCCAGAUUGUCUUUAGAAGCAGUAACCCCUGUACCUGGGGCAUUGGUUGAUGUCUCCAGCACAGCAGUCAGCAACUGGAGCCCUGCUGAAUCGUGUGGAUUGGAAAGAUCGAACUCUGCCACAGCACGUAUUCUCAAAGGUUCUACUCGAGAAAUAUCAUUUGAACACGCUGACAGUAGCCCACCCUUAGACCUUGCCGUCGAAGCCACGCCGGACGAUGUCCAUGCUGAGGCUGUUGGCAGUUCUGCAAUUGCGUCAAAGGAAGUCAGCAGCAAAGAAGUCAUGGAUGGGAGUUCAUCCAGCCAAGGUAAAGAGGUGCUAAAAGGAGGCCUCCAAGAGAGGACUGAGCCCAUUGAAACUCCGUUCUGUUCGACCACGCACACUUUGACUGUGGAGCCGCACAACUCUGUAUCUGAGCUACCAGAGUAUGAGGAAGAGUGUCAGCAACAGAGAGAACAGUUUAGCAUGGCCAAGAUGGUGCAGGACAUGAGCCGGCUACGCUACUUCAGUCAGUGUCUGAUGAGUCACCCCGCACAAUCCAAGGCGCUGGGCCGCAGCAGCUCUUGCCCCGGCUUGGUAGAGCCUAUUGAACUUAGCAGCCAAUUGCCAUCUAUGCUGGAGGAAGGCAGUUCAGCCGCUUCUUGCCUUACCAAAAAGGCUAUAAACGGCGACAGCGUCAAGGCCGAUUGUGGAGAAUCGGCAGCAGGAAAGAGUCGGCAUGCCGUGAAACAAGCUCCGGACGACGCCUAUGGGACACUACUCGCGCUUUCUGUAGGACCGCCGUUACUACAACAAGCCGAGGUGUCAUCCGAAGGGGGUCCUCAGUUAUCUUCGCGAACGCUCACUCUGGCCGAAAUGUCGCCGAGGGAGUUACUUGAACAGCACCUCCAAGUGAUGAGCGAAAACUACCUUCGCUCAGCAAGUCCCGUAGAGGCUCCUAAAGAUCAGUUAGGUCAUGAGGUGUUGGAGGAACUAAAUAAACUGAAAGGAGAAGUGUGCCUACUGUACAUAGAGCUCCUGUACGAAAGGCAUAGGAGAGAUGUUCACAUUGAGCGCAGCCGCAGACUUCUGGCCAAAGCCAAGAAAAUGCAAGCCCUUGAGGAACAGACGUUGGCUUACAAAGACCAGCUCCUCUUCCAAGAAAAAGAAAUUCAGGAACUUAACCAUAAUUUGGACGAAUUAAAGGGCACAAUGGAUGGUCAGAAUUCUGCUCUGGAGAAAUGUCUGGAAGAAUAUAAAAAGGAGAUUGGGAACCUGAAAGUACAGAAUGCCUGCUUGAAAUCUGAAAUAGUAGAGAUGACGUCUGUGAAUGCAAGACUGCGAGCAGACCUUGAGAAGGCGAAACUAGACGUGGAGAAUGGAACUGCCCUUCUGCUCGAGACCAGUUUGGAACUGCAAACAGCACAGGGCCAUGUUGAUGUGAGUCGAGCGUACCAGCACAAAGUGGAAGCCCUAGAGAAGGAGCUGAUCACAUUAGGAGAAAUUUAUGAGCGUCUGGAAGCAAGGUCAAGUGCGCACGCACCUCAAAGAAAGGCUGACCAAGAACUGAAGCUUGUCUCUGAUGCUGCUCAUAAGGAGAUUGCUUCCGUGAAGCAUUUGCUUGAUAACAAAACUUGCCAGCUGGAGGCCAGCAUGAGCCGAAUAAAGCAGCUGGAGGAAUUGCUUGCAAAGAAGAACCUUGUGAUCACAGAGCUCAAGCAAAUGAUUGAGAAAAUCAACUUGUGCCACAAAGAAGAGAUGGAGAGUAAAGAGAUGCGAAUUACUGCGCUGACCAACACCUGUCAGAAAAUGUCGCUUUGCAUCUUGGAACUGCAGCACUCAGCUGAACAGAAAAAGGAUUCCUCAUCCGACGCCUCAGGCGCCUGCGACGAGUUUUGUGCCAACAUGGAUAUUGAUGGCAGCAGCCCAACUGUGGACCCAGGAGGUGUCCUCGGUUCCUACAGUUCGAAUGCUGACCUCACUCCUGUGUCAGACAUGCUCAAGGAUGCUGAAGCCGCUGCUGCACGAUCAGCGGAAAGGAAGAGCUCAGAAAAUGGGGAAGAUGGCACAACCGUAGAUAUGCAAAGUGAUACGAGUGCUGCGGAUGCAGUGCUGAAUCAAAGCUUUGAACAUUCGGGAGAACAGGUCAUCAUAGGGGAUUUUGACCAAGUGUGACUCUGCUGAAUUGUUUCACUCCUGAGGAGUAGGAGAUGCCACGACCUGAAACCUCUAGUGAUGUACACAAUUACUUCUGUUGAGUUUUGCAGACACAUAUAAAUAGUGCUGAAAGGUAAUAAUAAAGCUCUAUCGAAGCAA